UCCACUGUGAAAAAAAGGGUCCCUAUAAAAACCCUAAAUUCAAUCACGCAAACUCUCUCUCUUUGUUAUAUUAAUAGAAAUUCAAUUAGAGGAUAAAGAUAAAAAAGGGUGCUCUUAUUCUUAUCAUAAUUGUAUCAAGUUCUGUUUUUUUUAGCACCCCCAUAUAGAAAAUAGAAAAAAGAUUUGGGUUUUGAGGAGCUCAUGAAUUCAACUGCACAGGCCCUGUUAAGUAAAUGAUUGGGUGGUUGAGGGUGAGACAAUGGUGUUGGUAACCCAUCAAAUGCAGAAUUCUUAUUCAACAUUUCCCUUGAGGCCAAUAUCAUGGAGCAAAGGGAUGAUGUUGAAGCAUUAUGCAGCCACACUUCAGAUGGUUGGGAAAGCAGAUAGGUGUUACCUAUUAAAGUACAAUAUUCGUUUAAGUGUAGGGGCUUCUUGCAUUCGUGGAACAAAACUUAAGUCUUUGAGAAUUUCAGCUUUCAAAGGCAGUGCCCAAAAUGGUGAAUCAGCAGGCAGAGUAAAUGGAUCAAAGGUACCAAAGAAUUCAGUUAAACUAAAAGAGAGUGAGGAUACCAUAACAGAAUCUCCAAAGGCGAAUGACAUUCCACUUUCUUAUACCUCUGAAGCGAAUCAAAGCAUUGCAUCAUCCCCUGCCAUUCAUAAACUAUUCAAGAAAUGGUUGACAAUGUUGCGCACACAAUCACCAAGUCAAGUAGAGGAUGGAAUUUUGGGAGAAGAACUACCUCCAACAGAGAUAUCAGAGACUCACCAUGGGACUGAGAAAAAGGAAAAAAAGGAAAGAGGUGAGAUUCUAAAGGCGGUUUGGUGCCACUUUCUGGGUCUGGAUGCAACAAUAAAGAUACCCUUACUAAUAUUCAUCCCUUUGUACCUGGUGGUUAAUUCUAUUUAUGGAGCUGAAGUUUCAAAGGAGUUGACUCCUUUGUGGGUUUUUGGGCCCCUUAUUAUAGCCGCCUACAUCAAGAUGUUCCGCUGGUUGUGCGCGCUCUAUGUCUUCAGCUUCAAGCAGACUGUCAAAAUAAUUAAAAACCUACCCACUUACUACAUGGUGGCCUAUAGCUAUGUUGCACGUGGGAAGCUUAAAGAAGACGUCCAUGCUCGAUUCUGGCAACCUGUAGUGAACAUAAAGAACCUAGACUACAAAGAGCUAUCAAGAAAAAGGUUGAAAGAAUUGCAAGAGUGGAUGAUGGAGAAAUACCUUGAUUAUGUGGAAUCAAUAUGGCCAUAUUACUGUCAGACAAUUAGGUUCCUAAAGAGAGCUAAUCUCAUUUAGAUAUUGGAAUUAUGAUUGAGUAAAUUUUUGGGCGAGGGAAGCUGGCUCAAAUUAGAGUUGAUUCUGAAUAUGUUUCAAUAGAGGGUUGAGAUUUUUGUAGUUGGCCAACCCCAUUUUAGACUGGGUUCUUCUGGGUGUCUCUCGCUGGCCGUGUAUCUGAGCAGAAAGAGUUGUUCGAUUCCUGUAAUUUUUUUUAGGGUGGUGCUUGUAUUCUUGGAUGAGAUCCCUAUUAAUGUAUUUCCUUUUUUGUAUUCACUACCUGCGAAUGUACUCUUGAGGUUCCAUAAUGAGAUGGAAAGUGCUUUCAAACUCUA